ACUCUAAUAUACCGAGGAGAGGCUGGUGUGGUGUGCAGUCAAACAGAGAGCGGGCUGUGUACUAACCCUGAACCAGUUCCAAUGCAAGGGGAAGUGUUUGAUGUUGUAUCUCCCUGUUGUAUUAACCGUCUUCACUUCUGUGCAGCGCUGGAGGGAAUGUGUAUUCGAUCUGCGGAGUGAAGAAAACGCGCAGUGAAGCUUGGAUUUAUAUCUGCCUUGGUUUAUAGCUUCCUAGUUUUCAAAAAAAGCUUUCUUCUUGUGUUUCUUGUUGCAAAACUGGUCCCUGUAGAGCUGUCCGCGGAACACCAGCUUGUCUAGAUGGGUGUGUGGGCACAGUGAGUCGCCACCAUGGCCCUGGUGCAGACUCUGCUCGUUCCUAUUGAUCACCAGAGCGCCGGCAUCGAUCUCCAGCAUCGGGCUGUUUCCAGAUCCCCCUCCAGCCGCAGUGCAAUGGGUUCGGUCAGCAGCCUGAUCUCGGGGCGCAGCUAUCAGGAGUAUCCGUGCAGCGCCACCGAGUUCCCCACCAAGAGCCGCAAGCCAGCGUCGGGACCCAACUUCUUCCGCCAGCAAGAUGGGCAUCUCAGGAACGGCUGCUCUAAGGACCCCCUGGUCAGUGCUGUGCCAGCCAGGAAGGCAGCCCCUGUUACCAGGAGCAACAAUAAUUAUGCUUACCUCAACGAGGAAUUUGUUGGGGACUGGAACGACAGUAACGUAACUCCCGGCAGCCCUUGUACCGAUCCCGAGGAACUUCGGGAAGCAAAAGCAGCAAACGGGAAUAUCGGGGGACCCCCGCCAAGACUGAUUCCUGUUUCUGGAAAACUGGAAAAGAACAUUGAGAAGAGGUUAAUCCGACCCACAGCUUUUAAACCUGUGGUUCCCAAGAACCGAAACUCUGUACAGUACCUCUCUCCAUGGCCAGAGGGCAGCGCAGGGAGUGGCAGCAACCUGUCAGAGAGCCAGGGCAGCCUGAACCUGCUCCUCCUGGCAGACAAGCGCAGCUCCUACAGCGGGGGACGCAACGGCAGCAACCAGUCCUGUACCAUGUCAGACUCUGGCAGGAACUCUCUGUCCAGCCUGCCUACCUGCAGCACCAGCUACAGCCUGUCCCAGACUGAGGCCCCCAGCGCACACCUGGACCCCUCCCGGGCAGCCCCCAGGCAUGGCCACUCCAACUCGGACAGCGGGCGCUCCUCAUCCAGCAAGAGCACUGGUUCUUUGAGCGGCCGGGGGCAGCCUCUCUCAGACAGCGGCUCCUGUGGCCGCUCCCCGGGCCCAGCGGAGGUGGAGGAGGGGCUGAUCCGCGAGCUGGAGGAGAAGCUGAGAGAGAGGGAGCUGGAGCUGCAGCAGCUGAGGGGCAACCUGGAUGAGAACGAAGCCGCCAUCUGUCAGGUGUAUGAGGACAAGCAGAAGCACUGUGAGUUGGAGCUGGAGGACCUGCGUCAGAGCUGCUCCUCUAAGCUGAAACAGGCCUCCCAGAAGGCUCAGCGUGCCCAGCAGGUCCUGCAGCUGCAGGUCUUCCAGCUCCAGCAGGAGAAGAAGCAGCUGCAGGAUGACUUCUCCCAGCUCCUUCAGGAGAGGGAGCUCCUGGAGAAGAAGUGCGCCUCCAUGGAGCAGCAGCACACCGAGCUGGGGCCCCGGCUGGAGGAGACCAAGUGGGAGGUUUGCCAGAAAUCUGGUGAGAUCUCCCUUCUCAAGCAGCAGCUGAAGGAUCUGCAGACAGACUUGAGCCAGAAGGCUAGUGAGAUUGUUUCCUUGAAGGCGCAGCUGCGUGAGUCCAAGGCCGAGCUGCAGGCUGCCCAGGCUCACCUCCAGGAGCUGCAUUCAGCCACACGCACACGCAAUCUGGAGCUGGAGGUGUGCGAGAAUGAACUGCAGCGCCGCAUCAGCGAGGCUGAACUCCUGAGAGACAAGGUGGGCCGGUUGGAGGAGGAGGUUGUCCGUCUUCGGGAAGCGCUGAAAACCCCCAAUGGGCAGUGCCUAGGGAGAAGCUUUGGCCUGGCUCCGCCCACAGGCUCGGUCUACAGGGAGGAAGAGCAGUCCCUGGCAUGUGAGAGCGAUGAAGCCAAAGCCCAGCAUCAGAACGCAGACGCCCUGCAGGGCCUGAAACAGCAAGUGGAGAGGCUGAGGGCAGAGCUGAUGUACGAGAGGCGGAAGAGUGAGGACCAGUCAGAGAACUUUGAGUACGAGAAGCGGAUCUGGCAGGAGGAGAAGGAGAAGGUUAUCCGCUACCAGAAGCAGCUGCAGCAGAACUACAUACAGAUGUACCGCAGGAACCGGGAGCUGGAGGGGGCCAUGAGGGAGCUGAGCCUGGAGAUGGAGACCCGAGAGCUGGAGGAUUUCGAGGUGCGCAGCACGGAGAUCCGAUUCGAGGAAAUCACCGCCACGGAGAUUUAGCACGAGAGCUGGAAAGCCAUUGGUCCAUCUGAGGCCAGUCGAGCUUCAAAGAAUCAACAUUUCAAAGACUCACGCUAGGCCCAGAGCUAUGGGGACACAGCAGGCUGGGAGGAUGUGCAAACUGUUUUUUAUGCAGCAUUCGGUCUGGGAAUCUACGCUGUAAAAACCCACCGAGGACACUGCAGUGUAUACUAUACAAAGUUUACUCAGGCUUGAGAAAAGUGACUCCUUCCCUGAGCGCACACAACAGUGCAUUGCUGUGCUAUAAAGGGUUAACAAUUAUCUGAAUAGACUUCUGUUUCUCCUCUGCAAUGGGAAGUAAAGCAGCAAACCUGUGCAUAAUGGUAUUGAACAAUAAUAUCAUGUACUUUAUUUUCAAAAAGGGAAACCAGUGGGUCUGGAUUCGGGACUUUAGCACAAAGAAACCUUGGUUAAGACCAGAUUUGUGUUUGGCCCCAACAGAUUGCACUAAAACCGAAUCACACACCAUGAAGAGGAGUUAGCAGAACUACGCCUGUGGAGUAAGACCUGGAGGUGUUAAGGAGCCAUGGCUUUAGCCUGCCAUUCCUGUAAGGGGAUUCAUAUGUCAUGUUUCAGGUUGAAUGUGGCACUGCAGUGCACCAAAUCUGUUGCUACAAAACCUCUUUUUGUGAUCUAUUGUUUUUGGAUACAUUUGUUUUUGGACCUUGAGAAACUUUUAUUAAUAAAACAGAGACACAGCCAAGUCCUUCUGAUCAGUCCUCCCAGUUAACACACGAAAAAACUGGGUUGGAUUCGUGUUGGAAUGACGAUGAUGAUGAUGAUGAUGAUGAUGAAGUGUCUAUUGAAUAAAAGCUUCAGGAUAAUGGGAUCAAUUCUCAUUUUGAUGGCUGAAGUUGAACCCACUUUUCAGAUGUAUAUUUUUGUAUGAUGAACUGCAAAAGCCAAAAUUAUUUUCACCAAACCACGUUUCCUUAUAAUAGACGCAGACAGAAGUAUUGGCGCUCUAUGCUUAAAGUUUUUUUUAUGCUUAAAUUAGUUUUUUUGAUAAAGGUUAUUUGCUACAUCACUAGAAAUUGUGUGUUUUGCUUUUUGUUAGUUUACUCAAUACUUUCUCAGUGAAUUCUAGUGUGAGUCUAGUGUGCUGUUACUUUUGUCUGCGCCUGUACAUGUAGUUCGUGCAGCUUGCUGUUGUAGGCUGUGGAUGUAAUUCACUGCUAAGGAUGUAAUCGUGUGAGCAUUGUUUUACUCCAGCUAUUACUGGAAGGACUCUUUCUGUCUCUAUUCCCUCUCUUAUCCACAGGGUUUCUGUCUGCAGGAUGCGGCUUCCAUGGGCUAAGUAGAGCCUGACUUCACAAGUUAACUGAAUUUAAACCCCAAUAAUACAGUGCUCCCCUAUAUGCCAUUAAUCCCCUCCUAAAUGAACUGUGUUUUAAAAGGAAACUGUCAAGAUUUUAUUUCAGCAAAGCCUCUUACAAACUUGUUGCCCUGAUGAAGCAACAUUUGUGGAUACAACUAAUCUGGACUGUGCUGCCUCCACACUUCCAGGACUGUGCUGCCUCCACACUUCCAGGACUGUGCUGCCUCCACACUUCCAGGACUGUGCUGCCUCCACACUUCCAGGACUGUGCUGCCUCCACACUUCCAGGACUGUGCUGUCUCUGUCUUUAGAGACACUUGCCUUUCCCAUCACGCAUGUUUGUGUAGAAUAGUUCAAUGGUUCAUCAAACUUAAACAUUGAAACUGCCUUUUUCUACCCUUUUGAGAUGGAUUAACUAAUUUUAUAAUUAACUUUUUAGUUAUAGUUGUACUGCUGUGUUAUAUAUAAAUAAUAUAUGACCAUAACCCUUUCUAGUGAUCUUGUAAGAAACCACACACAGACUGACUUUCAUUUUGAAGCUGUGUUGAUUCUGUCCGUGUUCAAGAGCAAUACACUGGGGGAAGAAUACCAACCUUUUUAGCAGUAAAAACCUCUUUCUCGUCGCCCAUAAGCAUGAACUACACGAGAACUUGAUGAUCAUUUGAAUUUCUCAAUAGGCUCUACUACAGAUUGAUCUGGAGGUCACAGAGUGGGACAGUGUCUCACAUGGCACCCGCUGUACCAAAAGCAAACAGAAUAAAACAUAGAAAUGAUAACGAAUCAUCUCUGCAAGGUCAUCUCGGGGUGCUGCUUUGUGUAAUACAGCAAGCUGAGGGCUGUAGCCAGCAUAUAGAGGAGCCCUUCACAGUAUCUUGUAUAAUAACACCAUUUCCACGCUUCCAGAUUCCUAUACAUUAUGUCGACAUGCUGUACAGUACUGCAUAGAAGUCCAUAAUGUAAAUAUCUUUAACAUUGUAGACUUUAAUGUAAACGCAUUAUGUAUACAUAUAUCUAUUUUAAAAGUAGCGACUGUGAAUCGAUCAAAGCAAAAUACCGUUUCCAUUCUUGUUUGUGUGUGUUGGUUUCCAUACUUGUCUUUUGUUUAUCCACAGUGUAUGUAGCCAUUCUGUAUAUUUUUCAUAUUGUAAAUCUUCUGUACAAAACAAUACUGUGUUUCUAAUAAAACCCAGUUGAAAAGUAUCUAAAGGUGAUUGCACUGGUUUUUCAAGACCUGCACAAGUUUUUCAUAUUUUAAUUGCUAGAUGAAACUUGUACAUUUGCAGUCUAUUGUAAAAAUGUAACAUUGUGUCAUUGUAAAGCUUUUUAAUUU